ACUCUUCGCCAGAGAAGCCGGGACAACAAAUCUAGUAAAAUCCCAAAAACAAAACUCGAUAAUUUUUGGCAACAACAAAAAAUCCAGAGUUGUCGAAAAUGUGUUUCCAUAAUACAAAAGAAUUUUACAGUCCACUUACCAUGUCAACUCACCACUGAGAAAACACCACUACCCAGAAGGUGUUUGUUUGUUACAGUUGCUGCUAGAAUGGUGUAGAAAGGGGGGAAACCAUAGAAGAUCCUGAGCAAAAGGCAAGAUACUAUUGCUGUAAAUACUGAAAAUGGACCAAGAUAAUCAAGGGACUAAUCCUGGCACCUCAGCAAACUUUCCCAUAAAGCGUAAACGUGGUCGUCCUAGAAAGCUUCCUAGACUUAAUCAUGGGGAGAAUGCUGUUAGAAGGGAUCAGAAUUUAAAUCGGAGGGAGAAUGCUCAUAAACCUCCUGGAUUUGAAAGUGUGAAUGGUAAUCAUUCCCAUCAAGUAGAUUCAAAUAAUGAUACUAAUGAUGUAAUGGUGGGUCAAGUAGUUCAUGGUGUUAUUGAGGCAGCUUUUGAUGCUGGAUAUCUGCUCACUGUUAAGGUUGGCAACACUGAAACCACUUUGAGGGGUGUUGUUUUCAAGCCUGGACACUAUGUUCCUGUUUCAGCAGACAACGAUGUGGCUCCCAAUGUACAAAUGGUCAGAAGAAAUCAGAUUCCCUUCCCAGCAGAUAAUCACAAUCAUGCCCGUGGCUCUAACCCUCGAUCCAGGGAGAGGAGUGAGCAGCAUGUCAAUUCUUAUAGAAGUGGAACUACCAAUUUGGGGGCCUCAAAAAGCAAACAGACAACUUCAGCGGUGGUCCAAACUUCUCAACCAGUGAUCCCAAGGAAUAACAUAGCACCUGUUGUCCUCCAGUGUGUUAAUUUGUCAAAUGGGGGAGGGUUUGCCAGCCAGCCAACUUCAGUUGCAACCCAAGCUCCUUGUCCAGAAUUCUUUAAAGGCAAACAGGUGAUGGAAACUGUGCAUCUAUCAAAUGGAUCAAUACCUUCCAACCAGGUGCAGACAGCUGGAAGUCAGCCUGUUCAAGUUCAAAAUAACUUCCAGGGGGUGCUAAAUCAGCCCACUGUAGAAGUACUGCACGAGGCAGAAACCAAAUCGAUGAAAAUGCCUGGCUUGCCUUUUGAAAAACUGGUAGAAGUCAUUCAGCGAAUUCAAGCACCUUCACAGUCAGCAGAGACUCAAACUGGGGAUGUGAAAGAUGAAACUGGUAACACAGACCAGGCUCUCUCUAUUGAACCCCUGCAAGCUGUACAGCCUAGUCCUACUGUUCAGUCAGCAUUUCUUUCUAAACCUUUUGAGAACUUCAGAACUGGCAAAAUGACUGAGCUGUUGCGGGCUGUGCAGGAAAACAUGAUGGAGAACCAAGUGCAUCAAGCUGAGGAGCGUACCACAGGUUCUGAACUGAAUUUAGAUAAUCUCAAGAGUCCUGAAGCUGAAAUUGGAGAGAAAGAAAAUGUUCAUUCCAAGAAAGAUUCUGGGACUCCGAGUGUCUGAUUUAGCCGGUCUCGCCUGAAGCCCUUAACUAACAACCUUGUCCUGGCAUUUUCUGUUUUACCUCACAUGAAGUUCCAGACCAUGGAAUCUACUGAUUCUAUGUAAGAUUUGUGCAUCUUAAAAUAGGUAGGGAAUUCUCUGUAGAAAGUUACGAUCUCAUUAUUGUUGAAGACCACAGAGGAUCCAUCUUCAGUUGAACCUAAUAUUUGUGCUUUUUAGUUCAUGAUCUUAAGAUAAAAUUUAGCAUUGUGUAAAACUUUGACCAUAAUUACACAGGGUUAUGUUCUUAAUUUUGGCAUCUAGGUGUAUGUCUUUAAGAUUC